CCCAUAUGUCAGUCAACUAAUCUUUGCUUCCUGGUUCUCCUGGCUGUCAGAGUUGUAUCACCGUUCUCCCGGCGUUAUCAUCAAUUGAACAUAGAAAAUCAGAACAGCAUCAAUGGCGUUCCGGAAGGCCUUGAAAGGGACAGCUAUCAUCGGGACCGGGGCGGCCGCUGCUCUUCUGGGCCUAUCAGAAUACAGAAAGACACAGAAUAAAUGGGCACGGCUGGCGUACGUAGCGGCGGAGGGGGAGUUAAAGCAGCCGUUUAAAGAUGAGCUCCCAACCAGACAGGCUCAGCUCUCCACCCUGCAAGACACUGAGGAGUUUGACGUCCUUGUCGUAGGGGGAGGGGCCACGGGCUCCGGAUGUGCCUUAGACGCUGUCACACGCAACCUCAAGACUGCCCUGGUGGAGAGGAAUGAUUUCUCAUCGGGGACCAGCAGCCGGAGCACCAAGCUCAUCCACGGGGGAGUACGAUACCUCCAAAAGGCCAUCAUGAAGUUAGAUUACGAACAGUACAUGAUGGUGAAAGAGGCUCUCCACGAGCGCUCCAACCUGCUAGACAUCGCCCCUCAUCUGUCUGCCCCACUACCCAUCAUGCUCCCUGUUUACAAAUGGUGGCAGCUGCCAUACUACUGGGCUGGUAUAAAGAUGUACGACCUGGUAGCUGGAGGCCAGUGUCUGAAGAGCAGUUAUGUCCUCAGUAAGAACAAGGCUCUGGAACUCUUCCCCAUGCUGAAGAAAGACAAGCUGGUGGGAGCCAUUGUCUACUAUGAUGGACAGCAUAACGACGCUCGUAUGAACCUGGCGAUCGCCCUGACAGCAGCCAGACAUGGUGCUGCCAUCGCUAACUACACAGAGGUGGUCCACCUGCUGAAGAAAACAGACGCAGGGACGGGCAAGGAGAAGGUCUGUGGGGCGCGCUGCAGGGACGUUAUCACAGGAAAUGAAUUUGACGUCAGAGCCAAGUGUGUCAUUAACGCCACGGGACCGUUCACGGACUCUCUGAGGAAGAUGGACGACGGGAAAAACACUAACAUCUGCCAGCCCAGUGCUGGGGUUCACAUAGUUAUCCCUGGUUAUUACAGUCCUGACAACAUGGGUCUCCUGGACCCGGCAACCAGCGACGGCCGUGUCAUCUUCUUCCUGCCCUGGGAGAAGAUGACGAUAGCCGGGACGACGGACACGCCUACUGACAUCACCGCCCACCCCAUCCCCAGGGAGGAAGACAUCAACUUCAUCCUGAACGAAGUCCGCAACUACCUCAGCCCUGAUGUAGAGGUGAGGAGAGGAGAUGUCCUGGCAGCGUGGAGUGGUAUCCGUCCUCUGGUCACUGACCCCAACUCUAAAGACACCCAGUCCAUCUGCAGGAACCACAUAGUCAACGUCAGCGACAGCGGCCUGGUCACCAUUGCAGGUGGGAAGUGGACAACGUACCGCUCCAUGGCAGAGGAGACCCUGGACGCCGCGGUUGCAGCCCACAGGCUGGGGGGCGGGCCCAGUAAGACAGUGGGCCUGGUGCUGGAGGGGGGCCAAGACUGGAGCCCCACCUUGUACAUCCGACUGGUGCAGGACUACGGCCUGGAGAAUGAGGUUGCCCAGCACCUGGCAGCAACGUACGGGGGGAAAGCAUUCGACGUGGCCAAGAUGGCGCGCGUCACUGGGAAGAGGUGGCCCAUCGUAGGGAAUAGACUGGUCUCUGAAUUCCCUUACAUUGAGAGUGAGGUGAGGUAUGCUGUUAAGGAAUAUGCCUGUACGGCCAUCGAUGUGAUCGCCAGGCGCACACGGCUGGGUUUCCUCAACGUGCAGGCUGCUGAUGAGGCUCUGCCACGCAUCGUAGACAUCAUGGGCAAGAUGCUGGACUGGAGCGACAAAAAGAGGACGGAGGAGCUGGAAGCUGCUAAGAAGUUCCUGUACCUUGAGAUGGGCUACAGGUCCCGCUCUGAGCAGCUGACCGGGACCACAGAGAUCACACUGGACACACAGGAAGUGGCAAAGUACACAAACCGGUUCCACAAGUUUGACAAAGACAGUAAAGGCUUCAUCACCACAGUGGACGUUCAGAGGGUCUUACAGAACAUCAGUGUCCAAAUUGAUGAGAACGCUCUUCAUGAAAUCCUCAACGAAGUGGACCUCAACAAGAAUGGACAGGUGGAGCUGAACGAGUUUUUACAGCUGAUGAGUGCUGUGAAGAAGGGCCAGGUGUCUGACAGCAGGUUGGCCAUCCUGAUGAAGACAGCUGAGGAGAGCCUGGAUCUGAGGGGACCUGUGACUGUGGACCGCAGUGGAGGAGGGGUGUGAGGGGAGCCCACCCGCACCACCACACAUUACCACCACACCGCACGACCACACAUUACCACCACACCACACCACCACACAUUACCACUACACCACACCACCACACUAACCAGAGCUGAGGUGCUAAGAAUGACAAUGAUGAUAUUGUAAACAACAAGAGUACAAACUAGAUUUGUAUCCUAAUUUAAUCUAAGUGAGUAUGUGUCAACCCUGAGUGUUUUAUUGUGAAGUUGAGGCUAGAUUGGGGCAGCAGGUAGCCUGGUGGUUAAAAGAGUUGGGCCAGUAACUGGAAGGUCAGUGUGUCCUUGAACAAGGCACUUAACCCUAAUGGCUCCUGUAAAUCGCUCUGGAUAAGAGAGUCCGCUAAAUAACUAAAAUAUAAAAUGUAGUUUGAUGUUAGACAUUUUUUAUAAUAAUUCUUUGCAUUGAUAUUUUCAUGGAGGGAAACAGGGACUAUCUGGCCAGUUUUCCAUCACACUGGAUUCUCACUACUACAAAGUCAAUGGGUUUGACAAUCAGUGCCUCUGACAUAAAGCUGUAACUCACAGUUCAUACGGUCUAUAAUCUUAUCAAUGCUUUGCCUUAUAUGGCUUUGUAAUAUAGUUUAUUGUUAUAUUAUUCCGUCUUAUUUUUGUUAUCGAUGUCUUAUGGGAUGUCCACAUCUCACUGGAGCUGUACUUUGGAUGUGGUUCUUAUGCCCUCUCUCCAAUACAAGAACCAGAAUCAGUUGUGCCUGAUUCCGCCUCGUUAGGGACAGCCGGCAUUACAGUACCAGCAGUUUAUUCACACUCAAGCUUAACGUUUCCACGUCUUCAUUUCUGACUUCAGCAUGUUACUUUACAUCACUGUUCCUCGCUGCAGUCACAUUGUAUAUUUAAGCAAUAAGGCCCGGGGGGGGUGGUAUAUGGCCAAUAUACCACGGAUAAGGGCUGUUCUUACGCACGACGCAACGAAGUGCCUGGACACAGCCCUUAGCCGUGGUAUAUUGGCCAUAUAUCACAAACCCCUGAGGUGCCUUACUGCUAUUAUAAACUGGUUACCAACUUAAUUAGAGCAGUAGAAAUAAAAGUUUUGUCAUACCCGUGAUAUACCACGGCUGUCAGCCAAUCAGCAUUCAGGGCUUGAACCACCCAGUUUAAAAUGGCCAAUAUACCACUGCUAGGGGCUGUUCGGCACGACGCGAAGUGGAGUGCCUGGAUACAGCCCUUAGCUGUGCUAUGUUGGCUAUAUACCUCUAACCCCUGAGGUGCCUUAUUGCUUUAUAAACUGGAUUUGUGUGUCAUAUCGUUGGUAUAUUGUCUGAUAUACACACAGCUGAAAUGCUGUUUUGGCUAAUCAGCACACAGGACCAAACUACCCGGUUUAUAAUGAGGCUUUUUUCCUGGCACACCGGUGACAACGACGUUUCUAUAUCUGCUGUCUGCUAGCUAGCAUACACUGGUCUGUCUGAUGCACCUUAAGUAACUGACUCCAUCUUUAUCCUUACUGUUUUUUAAAUCAUGGCAGAAUGAAUGCUUUUUUACUACUGUUAUUGCUACGUCAUUAUAUAUAUAUUUUAAUUAAAGAUAUUUAUUCAUUAUAAUGUUAUUCACUCCUUCCAUCAUUCAAAGAACCUAAGAUAAGAUAGCUAGAGGUAUGAGUGAUGAUGAGAUGUACAUCUAAUGCUGAGAGGAUUAACGGAACAAUCUGGAACUUUCAUUUCCAGUCAAAUGUGCUGCUGCUGCAUUUGUUUGUAAACUGGAGGUGACCACCUUUACCUUUGCAAAAGGUUACAAACUGUGCCUUUUUCAGUGUUGUAUGGAAAUGUCUCUUCACUGUCUGUAUCUGUCUGCAGUGCACCUGAGCUUGUACAGUAUUUGUACUAAGUUAAUACUUGCAGUUCUGCUGAUUUAUUUGUGGUUUUAUAGAGGGAAGCAGUUGAAGGGGAAUGUAUGAUCUGUGCCUUGCUUUCAAACACGGUACGAUGUCAUAUGAAUUGAACCUAUUCCAACUCAUUCCUCUAUAUUUUACAUAUUUGAACUGUAUUAAUGUUGCAGUUAUUAAAAAGCAUGUAAAGAUACAUAUUCUAAAACGUAUUUUUAAAGAAAAUUAGUAUUUUCCGUAUGGAUAAAAGGAACAUCAAAUUUUUUGAUAGUUCUGACUGGUUCUUAAUAUUGGUCUUGUUAGCAUGUUUGUAAUACAAUUUGCGUGUGCUUGUUUUGUCUAAAAAGGCUGAGAGAAUCAUUCUAGAGGCUUCCGCUGUGUACUCUUACUGUAACUGAAUCCAACCAUGUGUAUCAGUUUUUUGACACAUGGGAGUUUUCAGUACAAUGCCUUGACAGCCAGGGCCAACUUUGUCUAUGUUUGCUUGUGUCUGCUUGGAUGAAAGUCCAGCCUCAUCCAGAUUGAAAGAGAUUCAUAGUCCUCUUUUUUCAAUAAACACUGUGUCGAUCUCAAAAGCUUUUCCAAGACACUGCAAUUAUGUAAUUAAAUGUAUCUGGUUGCUAACAACAA